AUGAAAAGUUUAUUUACUUAUCUGUUGUUUAUCACUUCUGUUAAUGGUCAAUCACCCUGUGAUGAAGUAUCGUUCGUUGACCGAGCUGGAUGGGGCGCACGAGAACCAACCUCAAUAACAAAUCUAACAGAAAAACCACUCUCAUUUUAUGUUAUUCAUCACACUUAUUCACCUCCAAAUUGCUAUGAUGAUAUAUCCUGUAUUCAACGAGUAAAAUCUGUUCAAGACUAUCAUCAACUUGAUCAAGGAUGGGUAGAUAUAGGUUAUCAUUUUUUAGUUGGUGAAAAUGGAAAAGUUUAUGAAGGUCGAGGAUGGGAUCGUCAAGCUGCUCAUUCAAUUGGAUGGAAUGACAACUCAUAUGGUAUUUGUAUCAUUGGCAAUUUUACAGUAGCACCUCCAAAUGACAAGGCAUUAAAUGCUGUACGUUUAUGGAUUAGAUGUGGUAUUAUACGAGGCAAUGUCAAAGAAAAUUACUAUAUUAUUACUCAUUUACAAUCCCAACGACCAGGUUAUACAGAAUGUCCUGGUAAUGGUACAUUUAAUGUGGUUAACAAAUGGCCACGAUUUUGUUCAUUUCAAAAUUACGGAGCAAAUUUAACUUCAAAUCAAACACAAGUAUCUCUGGCUCUUGAUUUCUCACAACCACCAAUGCAAUCGUCAUCAGCAACAACAGCUAAUACAUUGAUUGAUUUAUCAUCACGACCAGCUAACCAGUCCAAUGUUAAAGCAAAAGUAUAUACCAUGGAGCCAGCGCAGAAAAUGCCAUUGCUUGGUUAUGAGCAUUAG